AUGAAUUUUAGUUAUAUAUUAAUGUUGGUCAUAUUAGUUGCAUCUGCCUUUGGUAUUUGUAUGGGUUGUGGUACUGACGAAGAGAUUGAUCAUCUUAAGGAAGUGACUAUUAAAGUUGAGGGUGCACUUACCGGUCUAACAUUAGCCUCACCAGCUAUUACAGGGUGGUGUACCUAUCCGACCUCAACAAGAAUCUGGAUUAUUAUUCAAAGCGCUGGGUUUUUGAUGAACUCAACAGACACGUUGAUUGAGUCUCUUGAUCGUCAUCAGCCUCAAUAUGACGAAUGUCGUAGGUUUAUUGAAGAACUAAUAACCCAAACGAAGAAUCUUAGAGAUUUGGGUUUUACAGUUGCCAGAACGAUUCCAUAUAUGCGUGGCACCCCAUCUUAUCAAUUUGAAAUUGCAAAAGGUGUAUCCACAACGACUAUCAUCGUUUCCUUAUUAAAUAGAUGGAAGGAAAAACAAUGUGUAACGAUUACUGGGAACUGUACUUUACCUAAUAGGGUCAAUUUCUAA